AUGACUGGCUUGGGCCAAUGGUCGCUGAGACCGGGAAGGAGAUUGAUCCAACGGAAGGCCGCGACCACUGAGAGUCUUUCACUAGGUGAGCGAGAUGAGGUGCUCUCCUUGCCGCCAACUUUCUGGGAUGGCGUUGCAGAGCUUGAGUGGUGCGCAGUGUACAUAAAUCUGGCCAGAAGGCCUGACAGAAAAGCGAAGCUGCUGGAAAAGCUGCAGCACUUCAGCCCACAGCUCUGUCACCAGAUCCGCCGCUUAGAGGCCAUCGACGGGCAGCAGCUGACGUUGCGGCAUCCCGCGGUGGCCCUAAUCGUGGACGACGCCGCGGUGGACCGGGCGAGACACGCUCGAAGGCGUGGAGCCUACACCAUCGUGCACAGCGAGGGGCGCUUGCUCCAUUUCGAUAACCACCUCACCCUGGGUGGCAUCGCUUGUGCGAUGUCCCACCGCUUGGCCUUGGAAGCAGUGGUGAAGCAUCCGACGGCCCAGUGGGGCAUCAUUUUGGAGGAUGACAUUGCCGCCUUGGUGCCUAAGGCAGAGGAAGUCAUCCAGAAAGCGAUCGAACAACUGCCAGAGGAUUGGGACGCGCUGUUCCUAGGAUAUCAUGAUGAUGCUGGCCGUGCACACCCCGGAGCCUUUGAGCAGCCGGCUGGAGAGCCCAUCGAGGUCUCGGUGCGGCCGAUGCGGGAGCCCUGCUUUGGGCUCUUCGCCUGGGUGGUGCGACGGCCAGCGGCCGAGGCCCUUUUGCAGCAUCUGUUCCCCAUUGGCGGGCAGGUUGACCAUGCCAUCUCAUCUUGGCUGGUCCAAGAGCGUGGACGCUGCUAUCAAGUGGAGCCAGGUAGCAUGGUCUUCUUCAGCCCAAAGAGCGAAGAGGCUGAGGAUUCUGACAUCCAAACCAUGGCCACGGUUGAUGCCUUCAUGAACAAGUUUGAGUCCUGGCAGGCUUACUACGAACAUGUCUGGGGGAUGGAUUCCAUCAUGGAGGGCUACCUCUUGGGCGACAGCGAGGAUGAGGACUGGGAGGACUGGCUGCAGGACGAGUUUCAGAUGCCACUUUCAGGCAUCACGUCACCUCCCUGUGAUGUGCCGCCGCCCGAGUGCUAUGGCAGCGAGGCCUAG